GAUACUUCUUCGAGACAAUCGGCUCAGCUGCUUGCUCAAAAUUGGUUGGAUAGAAACUACGAGUUAGGCCAUUUGAGUCCAUAUGACUAUCAUACUCGAAUUCGGGAGUUAAAACAGGCAGUUCGCUUCGGCAUUGAUUCUGCUUCCUCUUGCACUGAUGGUAAGUUCACUUUGUGUGGAUUAGCUGAUAUUGGCUGGAAUUCGGGUGAAAAUGCUUAUUAUUUUUAUAGAGAUAUAUUUAGCCUACGUAAUUCCCGUUUAUAG